AUGGCUAAUCUGGUUCAGCAAGAUUAUGUGAAUUCCUUGCUUGAGGAGCUUCAGGUUUUGGAUAUCAAGUUUCUUUAUGGGUGUUCAAAACCAACAAUUGUAGUUCUCUACCAGGAUAACAAAGAUGCUCGUCAUGUGAAGACAUAUGAGGUUGCUUUGAAGGAUAAAGAUUUUGCUGAGGGCCCUUGGUCCCAGAAUAAUUUGGACAAUGGAGCUGAUUUAUUGAUACCAGUACCCCCACCUCUCUGUGGUGUCCUCAUAAUUGGAGAAGAAACAAUUGUCUAUUGUAGUGCUAAUACUUUUAAAGCAAUUCCAAUCAGGCCAUCUAUCACGAAGGCCUAUGGAAGAGUUGAUGCUGAUGGUUCUAGGUAUUUACUUGGUGACCAUGCUGGGCUUCUCCACCUGCUGGUUAUAACCCAUGAGAAAGAGAAGGUUACUGGACUAAAAAUUGAGCUUUUGGGGGAAACAUCUAUCGCAUCUACUAUAUCAUAUUUGGAUAAUGCAUUUGUGUAUAUUGGCUCAAGCUAUGGAGAUUCACAGCUUAUAAAGCUAAAUGUACAACCUGAUGCAAAAGGUUCAUAUGUUGAAGUAUUAGAAAGGUAUGUCAACUUGGGGCCCAUUGUUGACUUCUGUGUGGUUGACCUUGAGAGGCAAGGCCAAGGUCAGGUUGUAACUUGUUCUGGAGCUUACAAGGAUGGUUCUCUUCGCAUAGUUCGAAAUGGAAUUGGAAUAAACGAACAGGCAUCAGUGGAAUUGCAAGGUAUUAAAGGGAUGUGGUCAUUGAGAUCAUCUACUGAUGAUCCAUUUGAUACCUUUCUGGUGGUCAGUUUUAUCAGUGAAACACGAAUUUUGGCAAUGAAUCUUGAGGAUGAGCUGGAAGAAACUGAGAUAGAGGGUUUUUGUUCUCAAGCACAGACUUUGUUUUGCCAUGAUGCCGUUUUCAAUCAACUUGUUCAGGUUACUUCUAGCUCUGUAAGACUUGUAAGUUCAACAUCUAGGGAGCUGCGUAAUGAAUGGAAAGCUCCAGCUGGAUAUUCAGUUAAUGUUGCAACUGCCAAUGCUACUCAGGUUUUACUGGCAACUGGAGGUGGACAUUUGGUUUAUUUAGAAAUUGGUGAUGGAACAUUGACAGAAGUAAAACAUGCACAAUUGGAGUAUGAGAUAUCAUGCCUUGACAUUAAUCCAAUCGGUGAAAACCCCAACUAUAGUCAGAUAGCUGCAGUUGGAAUGUGGACAGAUAUAACUGUUAGGAUAUUUUCACUUCCUGACCUAAAUCUGAUCACAAAGGAGCAUUUGGGAGGAGAAAUCAUACCUCGAUCUGUUCUUUUAUGUGCCUUUGAAGGGGUAUGCUACUUUCAUUCAGUUGCAAGCUUUGAUGGAUCAAGCUUUGAUAAAAUCGAAGAACGUGCCCGUGACUACAAUGCAAAUUGGAUGUCAGCUGUUGAAAUUCUUGACGAUGAUAUUUACCUUGGUGCUGAAAGCAACUUUAAUCUGGUGACAGUUAGGAAGAAUAGUGAAGGUGCCACUGAUGAGGAAAGAGGGCGGCUUGAGCACCAAGGUAAAUGUCAUCGUCAAGAAGGAGAAUUUGUGAAUCGAUUCCGGCAUGGUUCCCUUGUAAUGCGGUUGCCAGAUUCUGAUGUGGGUCAGAUUCCAACAGUGAUAUUUGGGACGGUGAAUGGUGUAAUUGGGGUUAUUGCUUCGCUCCCUCAGGAGCAGUACGUUUUCUUAGAGAAAUUGCAGUCAAACAUAAGGAAGGUGAUAAAGGGUGUUGGAGGGUUAAAUCAUGAGCAAUGGAGAUCAUUUAACAAUGAGAAGAAAACAGUGGAUGCCAAAAAUUUCCUGGAUGGUGAUUUAAUAGAGUCGUUCCUUGACCUAAGCCGUAGUCGGAUGGAUGAAAUAUCCAAGACAAUGAAUGUUUCGGUAGAGGAGCUUUGUAAGAGGGUUGAGGAACUGACGAGGUUGCAUUGAUAUAUAUUUGUUAAUGAAAUUCUUAUAUCCUCUACAUUUUGCAGUCUCUCUCUCAUCUGGCUUUGUAUGGAAUGUAAGAGUGAACCAUUUUUACAUAUUUCUUCUUCUUCUAAACACGGGUUGUAUCAGAGUAAAAUACACGCAAGAAGCAGUUAUCUUUCA